AUGAAUAUGGAUGUGGAGUUUGAAAAUGAAAAUAUGUAUAGCAAUGAAAUAUUAGAAGUUUUACAUGAAAAAAUUUACACAGAAAAUGAGUUAUAUUUUUUUUCUGAUAUAAUGUUUAAUUAUAAAUUCCAUUUAAGUAAAAGGAAAUUAUUCACAAUUGAUUGUUGGUUAAAUCAAAAAUCCCAAUAUCUAAAAUUCAUUGACCAUUUACAUUUUGAUUUAGUUCAUACUGGAGAAAUAGAUUUAUAUAAUUCAAUUGAAGGUGAACCAAAACCGUAUAGAUGUUUUAGUUGUAAAAAAUAUAGACCUGAUGAAUGGAUAAAACUUUCAAUAAUUAAAAAUGUAAAUGUUUAUCUUUGUCAAAGUUGUGGUUCAAAAGGAAAAAUUUAUUAUCAUUAA